AAGUGAAACUAUUCUGCAUUAACACGACUGCUCUUCGUGAACUUCGUUCAACAUGGGGGAAAUCUAUCAAAUUCUGGUGAUUGGUUUUAGGGGAGAAAAGAAAACAGUCGACGUUUCAACCUCCGAAGAUGAUUUCAACAAAACAACUAUUUCGGCUUUCAAAGAAAAGCUCACGGUGAAAUUUCCGGAGCUUAAAGGUGCGCAGUUCAGAAUGAUGUUCACUGAUGUCCAGCUUGAGGACAGCGACACUUUCUCCAUGCGCAAGAUCCAGAACAAAUCCACAAUCUUCCUGAUCGUCCGCAUGCCGGGAGGAGGCGCACACACACCGGGAGGAGGAGAGGAGAGUCCGGGCCAGCCGCACUGAAGACCCGGCCUGAACACAGCAUACAUGCAGAGACUUUUAUCACGCCUUUCCUCUCCUUUAUUAUGUCUUUCCUCUCUUUUAUCAUGCCUUUCCUCUCUUUUAUUUUAGCAUGGAGAACAGCACGAAAUUUACACAAAUAAUGUCAAAGAAAUGAAGUAACCUCACUAAAUGUUUCCUUAUUGUCAUGUCCUCAUAAAAAUAUCAUGUCCUGAAGAUUUAUAAACUUGAUAUUGCUAAUUUCUACUUUACUUUAAAUGAUAGCUGACAUUCUGAUCUAUCAUCUCAUAGUCAUCACUGGUUCACAAAUCCAAAUGUCUUCAGUGUAUAGCAAAAACAAUAGAAUUGGUCUUGCUGUUCCAAUACUUUCAGAGGGGACUGUAUACUGCAAAGAUUGGGAGAUGGAAAGGGUAAUGGGGUGGAUAAUGUCUGCACAUCAGAAAUACAUUUUCCACUCAUUUUCCUCUCAGGCUGAGAAAUUCCCAAAUUUUGGACUGCUGCUGGGGAUGCUUCUCUUUAACUGGGACUGGGGCUCUAUUCAAGUUAGAGGGAAUGUACAGGGUGUGCCAAAAGUCUCCAUACAUGGGAGUAUGCCAGCACCACAUCGGUUGUGCCUUUGUCAGAGGAUGUUCAUGGACGUUCACUUCUCAGUUGGUCCACAACACUUCCAGUCUUUGAUAAGUUUGGCAGCAGUGUCGUGUGAGAUGUGCUUGUCAUGUUUCCUGUUAAAGUCCACUGCAACCUUACGACAACUUCCUGAUCCAGCCAUGAGAAUGAUUUCAAUAUAUUCUUCUAUUGUCAAAGGCAUUCUUAAAGGCAAUCUGAAAAAAUAUAAUAUAAUAUAAAAUAAACUAAGUAUGAAAAUUUUGGAAGACAUUUUGCUAAAAACUGUUGAUUUCCCCUGUGUAUGAAGACUUGGAUGGGGACACCCUGAAUUUUGGCCUCUGUUAGACAGCCAAAGAUAAAGAACAAUUUCACCUUCCAGCACAAUUAUGACCCAAAGCACAAAUCCACAUCAGCAAAGGAAUGAUUUUCAAAUACCAAAAUGGCCCAGUCAGAGCUCAGCACUAAAUCUCAUCAAAAACUUGUGGAAUGGCUUGAAGGGGGCUGUGCACAGGAGAUCCCCUCUCAAUCUGAAAGAUCUGGAUAAUUUUUGCAAGGAAGAGUGGAAUAAAAUUGGCAACUCAAGAUGUGCUAAGUGGGUAGACUCUUACCCAAAAGACUGAGUGCCGUGUUACAAGCAAAAAGUGCUUUAAGAAACUAUUAGGUUAGGAGUGUGCACACUAGUGCAACCAGGUUAUUGUACUUUUUUUUUUUUCAUUUUCUUUUUUCCCCCAAAACCUUUCUAUUUGUUUUUCACUUAAAUUUUGUUGCUUGCUAUAUCACAUUAAAGGUGGAAAAUGA